AUGCCGAUAGUGGACAAGCUGAAAGAGGCUCUCAAGCCAGGCCGGAAGGACUCCACUGACGAUGGUGAGCUGGGCAAGCUCCUGGCGUCUUCUGCCAAGAAGAUCCUGCUGCAGAAGAUUGAGUUUGAGCCGGCUAGCAAGAGCUUCUCCUACCAGCUGGAGACCCUGAAGGGCAAGUACGUUCUGCUGAACCCCAAGACAGAGAAUGCCAGUCGCCAGAAGAACGCUGAUGAGGCCCAGAUCAGGAAGCAGGGGAGUGACCAUGCUUUGGGAGGCUCGGGGGACGGCGUCCCAGCUCCCCAGAAAGUUCUCUUCCCCAUGGAGCGCCUGUCCAUGAAGUGGGAGCGGGUGUACAGGGUCGGAGCAGGACUCCACAACCUGGGCAACACGUGCUUCCUGAACUCCACUGUGCAGUGCCUGACGUACACGCCGCCGCUGGCAAACUACCUGCUGUCCAAGGAGCACAGCCGCAGCUGUCACCAAGGAGGCUUUUGCAUGAUGUGCAUUAUGCAGAAUCACAUGAUCCAAGCUUUUGCCAACAGCGGCAAUGCAAUCAAGCCGGUGUCCUUCAUCAGAGAUCUCAAAAAGAUCGCUCGGCACUUCCGCUUUGGCAGCCAGGAGGAUGCGCAUGAGUUCCUGCGCUACACCAUCGAUGCCAUGCAGAAGGCCUGCCUGAACGGCUACACCAAGUUGGAUCGUCAGACUCAGGCUACAACUCUGGUUCAUCAGAUCUUUGGUGGUUACCUGCGGUCCCGUGUGAAGUGUUCGGUGUGCAAGAGCGUCUCGGAUACCUACGACCCCUACCUGGACGUGGCUUUGGAGAUCCGGCAAGCCGCAAACAUCGUGCGAGCGCUGGAGCUGUUUGUGAGGCCGGACGUGCUGAGCGGGGAGAACGCCUACAUGUGUGCCAAAUGCAAGAGGAAGGUGCCAGCCACCAAGCGCUUCACCAUCCACCGUGCCUCCAACGUCCUCACACUGUCCCUCAAGCGCUUCGCCAACUUCAGCGGAGGUAAAAUCACCAAGGACGUGGGGUACCCCGAGUUCCUGAACGUUCGUCCCUACAUGUCUCAGAGCAAUGGCGACCCCGUCAUGUAUGGCUUGUACGCGGUGCUGGUGCAUUCAGGGUACAGCUGCCAUGCGGGGCACUACUACUGCUAUGUGAAGGCCAGUAACGGGCAGUGGUACCAGAUGAACGACUCCCUCGUCCACUCCAGCAACAUCAAGGUCGUCCUCAACCAGCAGGCCUACGUGCUGUUCUAUUUAAGAAUCCCAAGCUCUAGGAAGAGCCCUGAGGGGCCCAUUGCCAAGACUGCCUCUGCCCUGCCUGGCCGAGCCGGCAUCGUCUCUGACCAGAUCAAGAAAACCGUAGCCAACGGGCUGCUCUCCUCGCCGCUGGCUGGCAAGAGACCAGACGGGGCGCCCGGGAAGAAGCUCCAGGGAGCGGAGGAGGCCGGGAUCCCUGUGGCCCGGGGUGUGUUUGGGGCCGGGCCCAAGCUGCAGAAUGGGACCGCUCAGGCCAAGCCCCUUGCUGGGUUCCCCUCGCCCAGACUGGCUGCCAGAGCCAUGCACAUGGCAGCUGCGCUCUCCGAUGAGCUGGCCAGGAGGCCCAAGAAGCCAUUUGCUGUGUCCCAGGGCUUGUGUGACACCAGUGAAGCGAGCAGGGCCAAAGCCGAGGUCCCCAAGCAGAGCUCCUGGGAGAGCAAGGCGUCUCCGUCACCCACCUCGCCCAAGCCCCUGGUGGAGCCCAGGGGCAGCGGGGAGGGCACUGAGCCGCGGAGGAAGGACUCCAGCAGCAGCAGCUCUUCCAGCCCAGCACACUCAGCCAAGGGACCCCUGCGUGCUAAGAGUGGCGCCAACGGCUUCUGCGCCUCUCAGGACACGGAGUGCGGCCCAGCCUCGUCCGCUGAGCAGGAGGUCAAGCCGCCCGGCUCGGAGGACCCCCAAGUGGCGAAAUUAAAAUCCCUGCUGCUGGCCGGUGCCGCCCUGGAUCUGAGCAGCACCACGUCGCCCCCGCCUGCCAAGAAGCUGGCCCUUUCUGCUAAGAAGGGCAGCACCCCGCGGAGGGCGAGCGGAAGUGACCGCCACGCGCCACCCCGCCCAGCCUUUGCCGACCACUCCUCCCCCACGAGCACCACCCACCCUGCCUCCACCUCUCCCUGGCCUCUUGGCAAGUCCAGGGUGCUCUCAUCUGCUCCCAAAUCACCACUUCCUCGGAAGCCUGCCUGCAGCCCCAGCCCAAACUCUCCGCUCCUGGCCAGCAGCCAGCCCACCCACCCUUCACACCCAGGCAGGGAGAAGGGGGCCAGCCAGGCCCUGCCCGGCUCCUCCAAAAAGAGACGACGAAAGCAGCAGCUUGAGGUGGAGAGCGUCCCCCAGGGCCUGGGCCCAGCAGGUGCUAGCGGUGAGAGGGCGGGGCUCGCCAGCCCCCCCCGGAAGAGACGGUACCUGGAGGAGGGUGAGAGUGAGGAGGCCGCAGCCAGGAAGACAGGCAGCGGGAAGAGAGAGGGGCUGGGCCGUGGGGACCUGGAGUGGGAGCGCAGGCACCGAGGCUCAGGCUCCAGCUGCCACGUGGGCACUGGGCCCAUCACCCCCCGGAAGAGGAGGAGGAAGAGAAUGCGGCAGCUGGAGGAAGAUCGCAGCCCCGGCACAUCUCCCUUGGGCAGUAGCUGCUCUGGGAAGGGCGAGGCUGCGACCCUGGCGCCCGGGGCAGGAGAGCUCCACAGUGCGAAGCAACAGCAAGGUGUGGAGGUGGAGGAUGGCGAGAGCGAGCAUCGGAAGUGCAAGCGGAGGGAGAGCCCCAGCAGCCCGGCUUCCAAGCCCAGCACUGAGCAGGCGGCUGUGAAUGGGCUCCACACCAGAGCCAGCACUCCAGUGCCGGUGUGUAUCUGGGACAGCCAGGUCAGAGAUGGCUCCAUGCGGGGCACUGGGACAGCAUGGCAGAGCAAGGAGGAGGCCAGCGUGGUGCAGGAGCUGCUCAGGAAUUCCUUGGAUAAAGCGUAUGGGAAGCAAGUGCUGACGUGGGAGGGUGAGAUGUCAGCCAUUAGCCAGGAUGCCAUUCGGGACAUGGCGUGGGUCCAGCGUGCGAGAGUCACCGACGACUGGGACGAGGACUUCGACAGUGGCAAGGUGAAGAAGAGUAAAAAGUUCAAGCGGGAACGGAGGAGACACUUCAACGCCUUCCAGAAACUGCAGAGCAGGCGUAACUUCUGGUCCGUGACUCACCCAGCCAAGGUGGCCAGCCUGAGCUACCGGCUCUGA